AGUGUGGCGCAGCUCGCCGAAGCAGCGAGGGCGACGCGGCGCCUUCUUCUCGCUCGCUUGCCCGGAGCCGCCCGGACUGAUGGCACAGCAGGGGCCGCCGACCCCGCCGGAGCAGCCCGGCGCCCGGGACGGGGCGGGACGCCGCGCCGCCUUGCCCAGUGAAUAAUCUAUUUUGAAAGAUCCAUCUGCUCCCCAAGAGUUCUUCCAGUUCCAAGUUGGAUCUUUGUAGCGGACUCUUCAUGUCUUGUUUGCUGCCACUGUGACAGAAGACUGACUCCAGGCCUCCAUCAUGGCCGUUCUUCUGCUGGGAGCAGCCUUGCUUAUCGUUCAGCCUCAGGUGGUGCCUUCGAGUCCAGCUGUCAGUCCUAAGGCUGAAGGAACAGCUCAGCCAGCUCAGAAAGAGCCAUUUAAGAAAAACGACUUCAAAGAGAUCAUCCGCCCAAAUGGGACAUACCAGCAACUCCCGCAAACGGUCAUCAUUGGAGUACGGAAGGGUGGAACCAGAGCCCUGCUAGAGAUGCUAAGCCUCCAUCCCGAUAUAGCAGCAGCAGAGAGUGAAGUCCAUUUUUUUGACUGGGAGGAGCAUUUUGAGAAUGGAUUGCAGUGGUAUACUAACCAAAUGCCGUUCUCUUAUCCCCACCAGAUAACAGUAGAGAAAACCCCAGCGUAUUUCACCUCCUCUAAAGUGCCUGAAAGAGUUUAUAGCAUGAACAAGCUUAUCAGAUUGCUGCUUAUUUUGCGAGACCCCACCGAGAGGGUGUUAUCGGACUAUACUCAAGUGUUCUUCAACCACAUGCAAAAACGGAAGCCGUAUCCCUCCAUUGAAGAGUUCCUGGUUAAAGACGGAAAACUCAAUGUGGACUACAAGGCAAUAAACAGGAGCUUGUAUUAUGUCCACAUGCAAAAUUGGUUGAAGUAUUUCCCUCUGGAUCACAUUCACAUCGUAGAUGGGGACAAACUGAUCAAAGAUCCAUUCCCAGAAAUAGUCAAGGUAGAAAGGUUUUUGAACCUGACACCUCAGAUAAAUGCUUCAAACUUUUACUUCAAUAAAACAAAAGGGUUUUACUGCCUAAGGGACAGCGGUAGGGAUCGAUGUUUACAUGAGUCAAAAGGAAGAGCACACCCAAAAGUAGAUCCCGUUUUACUUGAAAAACUGCACGGAUAUUUUCAUGAACCUAAUCGGAAGUUUUUUGAGCUUGUAGGCAGAACGUUUGACUGGCACUAAAUGUGGUGGUAAGUUAGAGAAGGUUCUGGGUAUCCUGUGAUGCUCCAUGUGCAUUAGAAAAGGAUGGCAUGUAAGCUAUAAUUUAUUUGUAAAAUCUUUGAAUUACUUCUGUACAGUAUUAGAUUAAUAAUUUCCAUAUAAACUAGUAAUAUUUUUCUACUUGUUAAAUUAAGGGAAAAAAUUUUGUAAUGUUUUUCAUGGUUGUUAACACUGUGUAUUAUGUCUACAUGAAGAAAAACUAUUUCGUGGAAGAAAGUCUCUAGAGGUUGUGGCUUUUAAAUGUAUGUGUAUAUACAAAAUACAUAUACAAUAUUAUAUGA